CUGGCACGUCCACCAUUUUGAGCGAGCGUUUCAACUUACCGCACACUCAUCCAAUUCAAAGAUGUCCGACCAGCUUUGCAAGCUCUUUGUUGGAGGCCUCAACGUGGACACCGACGACGAUGGCCUGCGUAAGCACUUCGAGCAGUACGGCAUGCUCACCGACUGCGUCGUGGUGGUGAACAAGCAGCUCCAGAGGUCACGCUGCUUCGGCUUUGUCACCUACUCGACGCCGGAGGAGGCCGACGCGGCCAUGUGUGCUAGGCCGCACAACGUCGACGGCAACUCUGUCGAAGUCAAGCGCGCCAUGUCGCGGGAAGACGCCGGCAGGCCCGAAGCCCUCGCUAAAGUGAAGAAAAUCUUCGUCGGCGGGCUUAAAGACGACAUCGAAGAGGAGCACUUGAACGACUAUUUCUGCCAGUAUGGUCAAAUCGAGAAGUCCGAAGUCAUCUCCGCGAAGGACACCGGCAAGAAGCGAGGCUUCGGCUUUGUCUACUUCAACGACCACGACUCCGCCGACAAAGCCGUGGUGAUUAAAUUCCACACCAUAAAUGGACACAAAGUCGAGGUGAAAAAGGCCCUCACCAAGCAGGAGAUGCAAGCUGCGGGCGGUCGAGGCGGCAUGGCGCCGAGAGGAAGCAGAGGCCGCGGCAUGCGGGGAAAUCAAAAUGGCUUCGGCGGAAGAGACUAUGGCGGAAACUACAGCUACGGAAAUGGCGGCGGAGGCUAUGGUGGUGGUGGCGGCUAUGGCAGUGGCGGCUAUGGCGGAGGAUAUGGUGGUGGCUACGGAGACCAGGGAAGCAACUAUGGUGGCGGAAACGGCUACAACGACUUUGGCAGCAGCUACGGCCAACAGUCAUCUGGCUACGGUCCAAUGAAAGGAGGUCCCUUCGGAGGGCAGAGGAACCCGGCACCCUACACCCGGGGAGGAGGAGGCGGCGGCUACCCGAGGGGCGGCUACACCUACUAGACGAUCACCCCCCAUCUCUACCGACUACUACCAGGAUUUGGACGUCAAAAGUAACUCACUAAGGGGUCGUCUGUCUGGCUGACCCCGUAAACAUAAUGAAGACCUCAAAGCCCCGAACAGGUUGCUAUGGUAACCUGGGCGAGACAGCGGCACCCUGAUGGUGAUGGUGUGUGCGGGUGCUUGUCUGCAGGGGUGGACUCGGAAGGUGGUUGUCUUCUCCCCUCAGGUUUGUGGUUCUCAAGGAGAUCUGAGCUGUUAAUGCUGUUAAUGUUGGUCAAGUUUUUGGUGACGCAAAUAAAUAUUUCUCAAUACAA